AUUGCCUUCUCUUCCACCUCAGGCGUCUUAAUAAACGCCCCGUUUUGGAUUCUCUCUCUGAUCCCGUCCUCUUUUCUCCGUCGAAUCUCCGCCGUCUCUUCAACCGGACAUGAGGGAGUGCAUUUCGAUCCACAUCGGUCAGGCCGGAAUUCAGGUCGGAAACGCCUGCUGGGAGCUUUACUGCCUCGAGCAUGGAAUUCAGCCUGAUGGCCAGAUGCCAAGUGACAAGACCGUUGGUGGAGGUGAUGAUGCUUUCAACACCUUCUUCAGUGAGACUGGUGCUGGAAAGCAUGUGCCCCGUGCAGUGUUUGUAGAUUUGGAGCCCACUGUCAUUGAUGAAGUGAGGACUGGAACAUACCGCCAACUCUUCCACCCUGAACAGCUCAUCAGUGGCAAGGAAGAUGCAGCUAACAACUUUGCUCGUGGCCACUAUACCAUUGGGAAAGAGAUUGUUGACCUGUGCCUAGACCGCAUCCGAAAGCUUGCUGACAACUGCACUGGUCUCCAAGGUUUCCUGGUUUUCAAUGCCGUGGGUGGAGGCACUGGUUCAGGUCUUGGCUCCCUCUUGUUGGAACGUCUCUCUGUGGACUAUGGCAAGAAGUCCAAGCUUGGAUUCACUGUGUACCCCUCUCCACAAGUAUCUACCUCGGUGGUUGAGCCCUACAACAGUGUUCUAUCAACCCACUCCCUUCUGGAACACACUGAUGUUGCUGUGCUGUUGGAUAAUGAGGCCAUCUAUGACAUCUGCAGGCGCUCCCUUGACAUUGAACGCCCUACCUACACCAACCUCAACCGCCUCGUUUCACAGGUUAUCUCAUCUCUGACUGCAUCUCUGAGGUUUGAUGGUGCCUUGAAUGUGGAUGUGACUGAAUUCCAGACCAAUCUUGUCCCAUACCCCAGGAUCCACUUCAUGCUUUCAUCUUAUGCUCCUGUUAUCUCAGCUGAGAAGGCCUAUCAUGAGCAGCUUUCAGUUGCAGAGAUCACCAACAGCGCAUUCGAGCCUUCCUCCAUGAUGGCCAAGUGCGAUCCUCGCCAUGGUAAAUACAUGGCCUGCUGUCUCAUGUACAGAGGUGAUGUGGUGCCCAAGGAUGUCAACGCAGCUGUUGCCACCAUCAAGACCAAGCGCACCAUCCAAUUCGUUGACUGGUGCCCCACAGGAUUCAAAUGUGGUAUCAACUACCAACCCCCAACUGUUGUUCCAGGUGGUGAUCUUGCCAAGGUUCAGAGGGCAGUGUGCAUGAUCUCAAACUCCACCAGCGUUGCUGAGGUGUUCUCGCGCAUUGACCACAAGUUCGACCUCAUGUAUGCCAAGAGGGCCUUCGUCCACUGGUAUGUUGGUGAGGGAAUGGAGGAAGGUGAGUUCUCUGAGGCUCGUGAGGAUCUCGCUGCCCUGGAGAAGGACUAUGAGGAGGUCGGCGCUGAGGGCGAGGAGGGCGAAGAAGGUGAUGAGGGAGAUGAGUACUGAGUACCUAUAUCAUCAAUUAGAUUGUUGUUCCUAGAACUGCUAUGUGCUUGUGUUGUGUUUCUAUCAUUUUAGUAUGAAAACUGUGAUGUGGUUUACUUUGUUUCUGUACCCAGACUUGUGUGAAAUGUGGCUUUGUUGUUAUAUUCACUUAUUCAGAGCUUUAAAUCCUUCAAUGUUGAGUACUCAUCUUUGUGCCAUUAUUUUAAG